AUGGCUAAGGCGAAGAAGUCCACAAAAAAGUUCCAGGCGAAGAACCUGAAGAACACCAUUGAGCAGCGGAAGAAGGUACAGAAGUACAAUAAGCUUCACAAAAAGAAGGGGUCUUCUGGUCCUGCUCCCCAACCUGAGGACAAAAGAGAUAAAGAGAUUUUUGAGGAUAUGGAUGUCGAAGAGUUUUUCGAUGCCGACAUAGAGGUCCCUAAACAGCCAACGUUAAAGAAACAAAAGGACGAAGAGAGCGAGGAUGACAGCAGUUCUAGCGGCAGUGAGGCAGAAUUUGACGAGCAAGAUUUGAAGGACCUGGAAAAAGACGAUCCCGAGUUUUACAAGUACUUGCAGGAAAAUGACAAGGAUCUGUUGGAUUUCAAGCCUAUAAAUCCACUUGAAGCAAUGAGCGAUGAUGAAGACGAUGAAGAUGUGGAACAAGAAGAAAAGAAUGAGGUAGAGGAGGACAAAGAAGGCAACACUAUCGAAGUGACAGUGGAUAUGAUCAAACAAUGGGAGGCCAACUUGAGGUCAGACCAGCCUACAAUCAAAACUCUCAAAACAGUUGUCAUUGCUUUCAAAGCUGCAGUUCACACUGGAUCCUCAGGAACGUAUAAAUACAGCGUUACAGACGAAAAAGCUUUCCACAAGCUGAUGUUUCUCGCUUUGCAAGAACUGACUCUAAGUGUUCAGAAAUUAGUGCCAUACAAAGUUUCGUCUCACGGGACAAGAAACUUGCCUUCGAACAAGAAAGUCGCUCAAAUCAGCACCCUUCUCAAGUCUCAUGCUGGUUCGCUGAUAUUGCUCCUCAACGAUAUCACCAAUACGGAGACAGCCACCUUGGUGCUGAAGUCUGUUCAAGAGCUGCUUCCAUACUAUGUUUCUCACAGAAAGCUCAUCAAGGAGAUGAUGAACGCGGUGGUGAAUGUUUGGAGCUCUUCUCAAGACGUGGAAACGCAAAUAGCGGCAUUUGCAUUCCUCAAUAACUCCAGCAGAGAAUAUCCGAAAGCCAUUCUUGAGCUGGUUCUGAAAAGUACUUACUCCAGCUUCAUUAAAAAAUGCAGAAAGACCAACGUCCACACAAUGCCUAUGAUCAACUUCCAGAAAAACUCGGCCGUGGAGCUUUUUGGAAUUGACCAAACUCUCAGCUUCCAGGUUGGAUUUGAAUACAUUCGUCAGCUGGCUAUCCAUUUGAGAAACAGCGUCAACAACACCACCAAGGACAGCUACAAGGCAAUUUACAACUGGCAGUACUGUCACUCGCUAGAUUUCUGGUCUAGAAUGAUUUCUGCCCAUUGUCAUCCAGAGACAGAAAAGGCUAAUAAGAAAGAGACUCCUUUGCGGCAGUUAAUCUAUCCUCUGGUCCAGGUCACUUUGGGAGCUAUCAGACUGCUACCAACAGCCCAGUUUUUCCCCUUGCGCUUCUACCUUAUCAGAUCGUUAAUUAGAUUAUCCCAAAACACAGGCGUGUACAUCCCACUCUUUCCACUAGUUGCAGAAGUGCUCAAUUCUUCGGCUGUCACCAAGAAACCAAAACAUGCUCACCUCCAGGCCGUUGCGUUUGAUUACGUCAUCAAGGUUCCUAAGCAGUACCUUGGGAGCAGAGUUUACCAGGAGGGACUCAUUGAGCAGGUUGUUGAGCUGGCGGCCGAAUUCUUUGUUUUGCACUGCAAGAGCAUCGCUUUUCCAGAGCUGAUCACCCCAGCUGUGAUCUAUUUGAGACGCUACAUGAAGAGAUCCACCAACAUCAAGCUUGUGAAACAGCUGGGCGCCCUGGUGGACAAGCUCAACUCCAACGCCAAAUAUAUCGAGAAAGAGAGAUCCAGCGUUGAGUUUGGACCUAACAAUAGAGUUGAGGUUGGCAUGUUUUUACACGAAGUUGAUUGGCAAAAGACACCAUUGGGAGCAUACGUUGCCGUGCAGCGUGAGGUGAAAGAGACUCGUGAAAAGGCUUUGCGCGAAUCUCUUGAGAGCGACGCCGAUGGAGGAAGCAGUGGAAGCGACGUGAGUGGUGCUGAAGAGGUCGACGUGGAGUCUGAAGAGGAAGAAUAA